AUGGACCCCCAGGAAUUUAACAAGACAAGCAUCAAGCAACAAUGGGAGACCGCGUCCAGUUUGAACCAUGGAGUCACUUGGAUGGCAAAAUUGUUUUUGUCACAGCGGCUUAAGUCUCUCUGUGACGAAAUCAACCAGCUAUUUCCCUCUCCAAGCACGUCAUCUCCGGUUGAGUUGGAUCCUAAUUCUACUCGAGCUGUGGCGGUUGAACUUGAUGUCACAGCUGAUGCCUCCACCAUUGAAACGUCGGUACAAAGGGCUUGGAAUGCAUUUGGACAUAUUGAUGCUUUGGUUAACAAUGCUGGUGUAAGAGGUUCAAUAAGUUCAUCACUGGAUCUUACUGAAAAUGAAUGGAAUUCUACAGUGAGAACAAACCUGACUGGAGCUUGGCUAGUGUCCAAGUAUGUUGGUAGGCAUAUGCGUGAGGCAGGCAGAGGUGGCUGUAUUGUUAAUGUUUCAUCAAUUUCUGGGCUGAACCGAGCACAAAUGCGGGGUUCUGUUGCCUAUAGUUCUUCAAAAGCCGGCAUGGACUCCAUGACAAGGAUAAUGGCCUUGGAAUUGGGAGAGUACAAAGUCAGGGUGAACUCAAUAAGCCCUGGACUUUUCAGGUCUCAAAUCACAGAAGAGCUUGUAAAAAAGCGCUGGAUUAAUAAUGUGGCAGAGAGAACAGUGCCUUUAAGAGCCUUUGGCACAACAGACCCAGCUUUGACAUCACUUGUUCGGUUCUUAAUUCAUGACUCCUCAAGCUAUGUAUCAGGCAACCAUUUCAUUGUGGAUGCUGGAUAUACUUUACCAGGAGUUCCCAUUUUCUCUUCACUUUGAAUUUUAAUGUAUGGACUCUAGUGAGCGAAUGACUGAGAGUGUAUUAGGAAGCUCAUGAAUGAGUGAGAGUGUAUUAGGAUGCCAAAAAAAAAAAAAAGAUACACAGCAUAUCCAUAUGUAUUUUAAACAAUUUGUGUGCUUUUUGUACCCUUAUAAAUACAUGACACAUUUACCUCGUA